AUGGCGGCCUCAGGCGGAUGGGCCUCGCCACCUCCAUCCUCACGUGGCAGGAACAAGCCAGGGAGGAGGCAGCCCCAGCACCCGCUUUUGCCUCAGCACCGCCUCACAAAAACGGCUCGGCUGGCCCUUCUCCUUUGUCCUGCUGGUUAUUAA